AUGACGUCACUCCACCUGGCGGCCAACCAGCAGGACGCGGGUUAUCGCCAGCGGCCCCAGUCAGUCACGGGUAUCAGGAACAUCAAUCAGCGCGACUUUGUAACUCGCUCCCCCAGCGAGCUAGCGGCAGUUUUUCAUCAGCAGCAACAGAGUUCAUCGUCCAGUGCAGCCAAUAGUUCGACGCUUAGCAGCAGUCUGACGAGAGCAGCCGCCAGUUUGGAAUCAGCUGCCUACGGCAAACAGCCCACGAGGAUAAGAACCUCGGCAAGCUGUUUGUGCAACGACGAGAGCUGCGGUAGCCAGCAGCGGUUCCUGGGCGGCAGCACGGGCGUGCUCGGAGCCGGCGGCGGCGGCGGCGUAGCUGUGUACGACGACGAGGACUCGUGGUUCGGAGGGGUCGCGGCGUGCGAGCGAGACGCGUGCGGCGGCAGCCACCACCACCUGGCCCAGCAGCAGCAGCAGCAGCAGCAGCAGCUGGCGCGGCGCAGCAGCUCGGGCCAGGCGUGCGGGUCAGCGGGCGUGCCGCCCCGGCAGCACUACUACCCCGAGGGCGGCUGGGGCUGGAUCGUGUGCGCCGCCGGCUUCCUGGCGCACCUGCUCUCCUGCGGCCUGCAGCUCGCCUUCGGCCUGCUGCUGCUCUACACCGUGAGGCACCUCGGAGACAACGCCGUCAUCGACUCUGCGUGGCUGGGAGCGCUGAGCACUUCCUCGUGGCUGCUGGCAGCGCCCCUGGCGGUGUCUCUGUGCAGGCGCAAGUGGACGCGGCUGACCGCCAUGUUGGCCGGGCUCGUCAUGGCGCUGGCCUGCCUCUUCGCGUCCUUCGCCACGCAGCUGCACCAGCUGCUGCUCAGCUACGGCGUUCUGCUGGGCAUGUCUAGCGGUCUGGUGCGGGAGACGGCGUCGCUGACGCUGGGCCAUUACUUCCGGCGGCGCCGCGAGUUCGUCGAAAUGGUGGUGCAGGCGGGCGCCGGCGUCGGCAUCGCGCUCUUCUCCGUGCUCUACAGGGAGGCCGUCGGGCAGUGGGGCUGGCGCCUCGGCCUGCAGGCCGUCACGGUGCUGCUGUGCGCCGCCUUCUUCCUCGGGGCGCUGUACCGCUCGGCGUCCAUGUACCACCCGCAGCGGCGCGCCAUCCUGCUGCUCAAGAGCCAGCGCAAGAAGGCGCGCCACAAGAAGCCGCCCCCGCCGCCUCCGUCGCCGCAGCAGCGCCGCCUCCAGCAGCAGCAGCAGCAGCCGCGGCCGCCCUUCUUCGACGUCACGCCGCUGCGCAUCCGCGCCGUGCAGGUGCUCAUGCUCUCAUCCGCCGUCAGCGCGCUCGGAGUCUACACGCCCGUCUUCUACCUGGCACUACAAGGGUACCAAGAAGGCCUCGACGACAGCGCACUGGUGCUUCUGCAGACGUUCCUGGGCUUCGCCACGGCUCUGGGCUGCGUGGGCUUCGGGCUGAUGGUGGUGCGCGCCAGCGACCAGUGCCUCGUCUCCAGGCAGUACCUCUGCCAGGCCGCCAUGGCGGGCAUCGGCCUGUCGCUGCUGGCGCUGAGCACGGUGCAGGGCUACCACGGCUACGUGUUGGUGGUGUGGCUGUACGGUGUCUGCCUCGGCGGCUUCUUCUACUCGCUCAAGGUGUUCACCAUGCAGAGCGUGCGCUCGCGCUACUUUGCGCGGGCCUGGGGCUUCGUGCAGGGCGCCGAGGCGCUGCCCCUGCUGCUCGGUGUGCCAAUAACAGGUUACAUCAACCAGAGCCACCCCAAGGCGGGCUACUACUUCUCGCUGCUGGCGACGUUGCUGGGGGCGGUUCUGCUCUUCCUGGUGGGCGGCGGCUCUGGAGGCGGCAACGUCUGCGGUCGACCUCGUCUGCACAAGAGCAUCUCCUUCGCGACGCCGCUCGACCUGCCCAUGACCGACGAGUACUGGCGGCCCGUGCGGCCGUGCCGGAGCGUCCCCGAGGGGUUGGGGCGCCACCAGCCAAUCACAGUCGUCGAGCAGAUCACCACCUCCGUGUGA